AUGCGCUGGAAAGUGCUUCUGCCACUGCUCGCACCGGUGCUCCUUGUGUGCCAGGCAACCGAUGUGGUACUGGACUGGAAUAUCGGCUAUAUCGAUUUUAGCUUUGGUAGGCUGUUUAGUCGGAAGGCUAUUGGUGUCAAUGGCAAAUGGCCACUCCCCGCAGUAGAGGUGACCUUGGGCGAUACACUAAUAAUCCACGCACACAACUCGCUCGACGAGCCCACAUCUCUGCAUUCGCAUGGGCUGUUCCAAAAUGGCACCAACUACUACGAUGGCGCUGCAAUGGUAACCGAGUGCUCUAUUCCUCCUAAUGGCACAUUCACAUAUCGCAUACCGAUGGUACAGGCCGGAACGUACUGGAUCCACAGCCAUUACAAGGCGCAAACUUCAGAUGGUUUACGCACUGCUUUAAUCGUGCGCGAUCCAAAUGACUACUACAAGUACGACGAAGAUGUUAUCCUUCCCAUGUCCGAUUGGUUCCGUGAGCCAGGCAAACACUAUCAUCAAGCAGUGAUCAAGUUUGUCAAGAACAAGACGUACAGGCUACGGCUGUUGAACAUUGGCGCCUCGUUUGAAUUUCACUUUAGUAUCGACGACCAUGAGCUGCGGAUCAUCGAGGUCGAUGGCGUGCCGGUCAAGGAGAAGCCAACCAAGGGAGUAAUGCUGGCAGCGGGGCAACGAGUAUCGGUGCUUGUGCGGUCCAAGGAAACAGCCGACAACAACUACUUGUUCCACGCCGACAUGUUCACGGACCUGUUCACCAUGCCCAAAUACAACCCUCUCAACUUUACCGGGGUUCUAGAAUACGCACCAAAAGCGUCGCUCAAGCGUGAAGUCAACGGCGGAUGGAAAAUUACCAGUGAUUUGGACCUCGAGCCUUUGGAUGAGGAGGCAUUAAUGGACCCCACGGUGCAAGUAACGCUCGAUGCCUACUCGGGCGUAUUUGACGAUCAGUCAUUCCGCCACUCGUUCAACAAUGUCACAUUCAUUUUGCCCGAGGUGCCUACUUUGCUUACAGCACUGUCCACUGGCGACAAUGCUAACAAGCGCGAAGUAUACGGCCGCCAGUCCAACACGUACGUGCUGAAUAUGGGUGAUGUGGUGGAGAUUACAUUGAACAACCACGACUACUAUACGCACCCAUUCCAUCUGCACGGGCAUGUGUUCCAGAUAGUCGAAAUUGGGGCACUACGGUCAGGCUUACACCGCACCAAGCUGGCUCGCGAUGCCCCAGUCAAGCGUGACACGUUUAUCCUGCGUGGCGGCCACUAUGCUGUUCUGCGCUUCCGCGCCAACAAUCCUGGAGCAUGGCUAUUUCACUGCCAUAUUGAGUACCAUGCAAUUCGUGGCCUUGAGCUUACCUUUGUCACAGCACCGGGUUUGCUGCAGAAUAACACGCAUUUGCCGGAGGGGCUCAAGGAGAACUGCAUUGCACAAGGAAUCAAGGCUUCAGGCAAUGCCAUUGGCCGCGACGGCAUGGAUCUGGAAGGUCAGCCCGGAGGACCGAAUCCGCUGCCUGACAAAAUGCUGUCGUAUAUUUUGCAAAUGGGUGAUGAGGAUGGACCGCCGCCGGCAACUUUGGACGCAUCCCACAGCGAGGCAGCGGGUAGUACUACAAGCACUUCUGAAGGCAAAUCACCAACCAGGACUGACAGCACAACACUGGAUAAAGCCAGGGAAACGACGGCUGAUGAUAUAGACUCCGAAGCUGAUAGCGAUGAUGACGACGAUAAUGAUCACUAAUUCAGUAAAUGCUAAAUCCAAUAAAACCGAU